AUGGAGACUGGCAGCGUCCCUGCAGUGUGCUGGCGGCGCGGUGGCGUAGCUCCGUGGAGCUGCGCGGUGCAGCUGAUGGAGAGGAAUUCGAUUAACCGUGUGUUGGUCACCGGAAGGAGUGUCAACAAGUUGUUGACCUCCCUGAAAGACGUUUGGAAGAUGGCGCUGGAGCUUUGGAGGUCUCCCCGCGGCGGAGACGGGGCGCUCGACGCCUGCGGACUCACGAGCCUGGCGCAGACCUAUGCCUGGCCUGCUGCCCUUGGCAGUUUCGCGACCAGCCGCAUCCCGAUGGAUGCGGUCGCCGCGAGUGCUCUUGUGGUGGCUGGGUAUCCCUGGCACCUCGCUUUGACCACCAGAGACUGCUGGGACCUGGCCUGCAUGCACAGCAGCAUGGCCAGCUGCGUGAGGUGCAAUGAUUGGCCUUACGCGCUUGAGCUCUUUGACGCGCUGGGCACAGGAUGUUUGGGUUUGCGCUCGCCGAACAUCAUCAGCUACAACAGUCUCCUUCGCUCGGAACCCACCUGGUCGAGCGCGCUGCGGGUCUUCCAAGAGGUGGCGGAGGUGGGACUGCGCCGGAGCUCCUUCACAUGGACCUCCACGCUGGCUUCUGUGCCGUGGCGUGAGGCGAUGCAGGUGCGCACGCAGAUGGCUCAGGAGACCAACGAACCACCACACAUUUCUGGCUUCACGCAUGUGCAACCCUGGCGUGAAGCUGUGAGAGCGCUCGACGAGUCGCGCGACCGCUUCGGCCUGCGCCGCGAUUUGGUCGCCUUGGGAGCCUUGACGGCGAACUGCGCUGAGGCUGCUGCCUGGCGUGAGACCUUGCAGUUAACACUGCAGGGUCCAAAUUCCAUGGUGGUUCUUGGCAGCGCAGUGAGUGCAUGUGAGAAGUGGGGGCAUUGGAGGCGUGCGUUGCAGCUCCUGGCCCUCCCGGCAGACAUGAUCAGCUUCGGCGCCGCGCAGGGGGCCUGCGCCAAAGCGGAACGACGGAAGGCCAAUGCGGCGGACGAGCAUGGACCGAUGCGGCAGUCAAAAGACGGCAGUCGUCUGCUGCGGACGAUUUGGGAGAAUUCAGAGACGGACGAUUUCUGGUUGGAGAAUCUUCCAAGACAUCCCUUAGGUUGGGCCCACAACGCUGUUUGCGAUUUGAUACCAUUGUGUUCCUCAAGAGCCUGCCAGGUUGAGAGCUAG